CCAAUAUAUACAUAUAUAUAUAUAUAAAUAUACAUACAUAUAUAAGGAGACCAAAAGAAUAUAUACAUAUUCACAAUUACAUAUAUAAAGAAAAGCGAUUCAAUAAAUAAUGGAUGAAUAUGUAUCUCAAAAAUCUUUUUGGCGACGACAUGGCUUAAAAUUACCUGGAAGUGUUAGUAUUGUACCUAGUAAUUCGACGGGAGAUGCAAAACGAGUCAUUGGUGCUCGCUACACCUUCAACAGUUUGGUAACAAGCACCCAGCCUCCAAGCGACAAAAACACCAUCCUGACAUACUCUCCUUCGCUUACCUCACCUCCCACUCCAUCACAACAGCCACACAGGCCACCAGUAAAAAAGAAUACUUCGGCAUCCUCAUCCUCAUCUACAUCCACAUCACCAACUGAUCCAGGACGCCAUCAACGCUCAAUCUCCUCUCCUCACAAAUCAUUUGAUGCGUUCUUGAUGGACACAAAUGACGAGUGGAGUGAUACUCUCGAAGCAUCUCCACGACCCAAACAAAGACCAUUUCUACCCACAAAAUUGGCUUCUAGCCCUCUCCCUGUCACUCUAACAACUCACGCCGAAGUACGGCCCGACAUGAAAGCAUAUGUUCAAAACCUGCUUCAAGAUCCAUCUAAUAUCCUGCUAAGUAUACCUGAACAACAAUCUGGAGACACAUCGAAAACCACUAAAUUUAAGCAAGUCUUGUCGAGUUCCAAUGUUGAUCUAGUUGCUCUAAGACAACUUAGUUGGAGUGGAAUUCCCAAAGAAUUCCGCUUAAUGGCGUGGCAACUUUUACUUGGAUAUUUACCUUGUAAUUCUGCAAGACGAGUAGCUACACUGGCACGUAAAAGAAAGGAAUACGCAGACAGCGUGGCAGCUUCUUAUGCGCGAGGGACGAGUGGGUUAGAUCAAGGGUUAUGGCAUCAGAUUCACAUUGAUAUUCCACGUACAAAUCCUGGUAUUCCAUUAUAUCAUUAUGAAACAACUCAAAUGUGUUUGGAACGGAUAUUGUAUCAAUGGGCUAUUCGACACCCUGCAAGUGGUUAUGUGCAGGGCAUUAAUGACUUGGUGACACCUAUAUUUGAGGUAUUUUUGUCAGCCUAUAUCUCGGACGAAGAUCCCGAAGAAUACGAUAUCCGUCAACUAGAUCAAGAAGUCUUGGACGUGAUUGAAGCCGAUAGUUUCUGGUGCCUUUCCAAGCUUUUGGAUGGUAUUCAGGACAACUAUACAUUUGCGCAACCUGGUAUUCAGCGACAAAUUUCGACUCUUAAAGAACUUGUGUGCCGCAUUGAUGUGCGCCUGGCCAGCCACUUACAGCAAGAGGGCAUUGAAUUUAUUCAGUUUGCCUUUAGGUGGAUGAAUUGCCUUUUAAUGAGAGAGUUGCCUUUGAAGAGCACAAUUCGGAUGUGGGACACAUAUUUGGCCGAAGGAUCUUCAGAAGGGUUUUCAGAGUUCCAUGUGUAUGUUUGUGCUGCCUUUCUAGUAAAGUGGUCCGAUCAACUUCAAAAGUUGGAUUUUCAAGGCGUGAUGAUAUUUUUACAGCAAUUGCCAACCCAAGGAUGGGUAGAAAAGGAUGUGGAGUUGCUAUUAUCAGAAGCAUACAUGUGGAAGACAUUAUUUCACAACGCUCCUAGCCAUCUAAAAUAACUAGCCUACAAAAUACACAAUCAAAAGAAAAACAAAAAGUCAAAAACAAACAAGGAUUCAUACUUCUCCCCCACGACCCCCCCUUUAUUAUUAUUUGGCUUUUUAUUUUUAUUUUUAAUUUAUUUAUUUAUUUAUUUAUAAUAAUAAUAAUAAUUCCCAUAUUUAUAUAUACAUG